GCGCGCGCUGCUAGAUUGGUCGCUUAAGCGCUCGCGCAAUGAGACGUCAAAACGGGACGAGUUGCUGUUUCUCUCUCUCUCUCUCUCUCUCUCUCUCUCUCUCACACACACACACACACACUCCGGGGUGUUUAGUGGUGAGAGAGAGAGAGAGAGAGAGAGAGAGAGAGAGAGAGAGAGAGAGAGAGAGAGAGAGACUGUUCCAUACACCGUGCGCACACACACACACGAAGCGCCACGCGGGUGUCUCGGACUCGGACAGCGAACUCGCCUCCGUUGCUCGUACUUUUUUCCUCUUUUCUCCCCAAUGAAGCGUGAUGUUAUGCUGUUAAAGUCUUCUACCUGACAACAUUGGCUCGUUUUUUUCCGCCAUGAGCUGCUUGGAUGUCAUGUACCAAGUGUACGCGCCGCCUCAGCCUUACUUCACCCCAACUUACAGCCCGUACCACCAUCAUCAUCAUCCUCAUCCUCAUCCUCACCACCAGAAAUUGGCUUUCUAUUCCAAAAUGCAAGAAGAGCCUGUAAGCGGUGGGAACGCGUUCUCCAGUCAUCCCGCAGCCACUAUAAAGGAGGAGGACUGUGCGCCGGAGAAGGAGCAGCCGCCUGAAGCCGAGUACAUCAGCUCACGAUGUGUCCUCUUCACCUACUUCCAGGGAGACAUCAGCUCGGUGGUGGACGAACACUUUAGCCGUGCACUGAGCCAAACCAACAGCUUCGGUCCCGCUUCAGCCAGCGGCAACAAAACGGCACGAGGAGCCUGGAAAGGAUCAUUCCCAAUGAGCCAGCGCAGUUUCCCUCCGUCCUUCUGGAACAGCGCUUAUCAGCCGUCAGUCACAGCGUCUUUAAGCAGUGCUCUGAGUGCGUCCCACACCGACCUGCCCUUUCCUGCUGACCCGUACUCCAGCGCCUCGUUACACAGCCACCUCCACCAGGCGACGCCGGAAUCCUGGCACCCAACACACCACCACCACCAUCAUCAUCCUUACCCGCUCGGAGGCUCCAUCAGCGCUCAGAGCUCAGCUUAUCCUCGACCUUCGGUACACGACGUGUACGGGACGCAUUUCGACCCACGUUACAGCUCUCUUCUAGUGCCCUCAGUGCGACCACACAGACUCCCUCCGGCCACCGUGCCUGCUCCCGGACCCUCGCCUUGCGACAUCAGCAAGAGCGAUCCAACUAGCUCGGCAUGGACCGGAGCUUUCCCCGGAACGGGAUCUGAAAUGGGACAGAGCCUCAGCCUGAAUGUGGAUGCAGGUCUGCAAAACCAGGAUAAAAGCAAGGACUUGUAUUGGUUUUAAUGGCCUGCCUGCCAACUUUCCUGCCCUACUUCCUGCCUCCCUGCCUGUUCCAGCCUCGGCUGAUCUCUGUCUUUCUGUGCCUUUUGCUUAGGCCACAACAGGCUUGUCUUUUUUUUCUUCCCUGUAACAGAUUGUGAUCUCACUUGCAGCUCGGCGUUACGCGCUCUGCAGCGGGGGCGUCCUGAGCUGAAAUCACUCCACGGUGGAUAAACCUAAAAGCUCUGCCGGUUUCCUUCCAGAGCGGAGAAAGAGAAAGAGAAAGACGGAGAGGUGGAAGAAAGAGAUGAAACUCGGCUUUCCAGAAAUACAUGCCGGUGGUGUGACCGGCAGCUGUUCUCUGUACAGCAGACACACGUCCAAGAGAAAUAAAAAAAAAGCAGAACAAGCACUUCAUUCUGGGAUGCGUGAGAACCGAAACUUCAGAAGUGAUCACAACGUCCUUCACAACAGGGACCACGGCCAGCGUCAAACACAGGACAGGGUCUUAUUGCAAUUUUUUUUUUUUUUUUUUUUUGGAAAUGAGAGACUCGGACGAGAGCAGCAUUCCCUGUCGUAUAUUACAGAAGAGACUGGAGGCUAUUUGAAGCCACUUGACUCUAUCUAUAUUGCUCUCGACAGCUGUCAUCGACAACUGGCUUGGAGCUCAGCGGACACACACAAUCACAGCGUCGCUCUGCACCGCGUAACGGCCCGGAUUUUUUUUUUAAAUAAAAGGAGCGUUUUGUUGAACACACUCACGUGGAAAGAAGUUGUUUGUGAGUUACAUAUAAACAAAGGGGAAGAGUGAACACAUGAGGAAGUGCCAGCAGAUGGACACGCACAUACACACAUGUACACACACACACACACACACACACACACACACACACACACAAUUUCAAUGUUUCUGUAUAUACUCCAUGUGUCUGAACAUAAAGUCGGCUCGUUGCUCUGAACACACUGCCAAAAACCUGCUGUUCGGUUUUCAGUCAUCACUGGCACACAAGCUACGUUUAUACACAGCCCAAGAAACAAAUUUACAUCCAUCAAACCAUCUAGAUUUUCAUAUUCAACACGGCCUUGAGGAACGCUGUUUUGUUCUGCUGUGUAAAUGAAUAUAAUAUACUAUAUAUAUAUAUAUAUAUAUUUGUGCUCUUUUAAAAUAUUGUAAGAUUAGAUCAAAGUCUGAGAAGACGUUUAAAUAGGGUUCAUUAAGUCUGAAUACAGGCUAGAAAUAGGGUUAAAAAAAAUCGGAGUAAACUUUUAAAAAGGGUCCUAAAUUCUGAUAAAAUAUUAUAAUUAGGUUCAAAAUCAGAGAACACUUUUAAAAUGUGUCUUAAAUUCUGACAAAAUAUUAAAAAUAGGUUCAAAAUCAGAGAACAUGUUUCAUUUUAAAGGAAAUGUUUUGUUGAGAAUUUUGCGAAUUUUAAUAUGAAAAAAUGACAGUGAUGCAUUUGUUAUUGAUGCACAAAUGUGCUGUAAAAACUUGUAAAAACUGAAAUAUUAAAACGUAAACGUGAAAUAUUAAAAAAGUCUGAGGAUGUUAUAAAUCGGGAAAUUUCUUGAGAAUUUUGAAAAUUAUUAUACAAAGAAAAGAUGUGUUUGAUAUCAUAAAUAGUGAUUUGUUUCAGGGUUGUUAUUUACCGAAAAUUUGAUUUAGAUCAAGUUUUGAAUAGAUUUCAUACAAACUUGUGACUCUGUAAACAUUUUGGUUUGUUUCAGUUUGGCUUUUUUUGUUUUAAAUAUUAUAGAAUUAAACGAAAGUUUAAAACUUUGAGGACGCGUUUAAAAAUCUAGGAUUUUUUUUUUUCAUUUAAAUUUGAAAAUUUUUGGGAGAAUAUUUGAGAAUCUUUUGCACAAAGAAAGGACGUGUUUGAUAUCUUCUAUAUCGGAUCGCUUCCAUAGGGCACUAUUUUCAUGCAAAUUUGUGAAUUUGAUCGUUUCUCCUGGAGUGAAUAUGACACCUACAGAAGACAUUUGUUCAGCGUCGGCUUUCAUACAAACUUUAGAAUGUUUAGAGCGUUUUUUUUUUUAAAUACUAUGAAAUUCUGCCGUUCAUGUAAAUAUUUCUAAAGGUCUUCGCUACAGUCGUCCCUGAUCGAGCCAAGAUCAUUUCUAAUCAAAAAAUAUUGUGAGAAAUCAGAAAGGAAUGCAAAAUAGAGGUCUUACCGCUUCUGUUUUGUGUUUUGAGAUAAAGAAAAAAGCAACAAAUCAAUCAGAGCAAAUAAAAUCGUUUAUUUAAUUUUUUAAAUGAUUUCCUCUAAACUGAAUUGAGUUCCAUAGACUAUUUAUUUAUAUAUAUUGUUUUGAGUACAAGCCAAUUUCAGAAAAAUCACAGUGUAAAUUAGAAACGAAUUGGCGUCAAUACUAACGCAAUUUCUAUUCGUUAUGUUUAAAAAUCGUCCGGAUAUUAAACUCUUAAACUAUUGACUUAUCUUUAAGGCAUGUUAUUCGAAAACUCACUAGAGAAGCUAGAGUGUGUGUAAAGUUACUGCAGUGAGGGAUGUACAUGUGGACAAGUUUGUAUAUCAAAAAUUUGUUAUAUAGAAGAGACAGCGAUUAUUUAUAAGGCAAAGUUAAAUUAACGUUUCAUUAAUAUCUAUUUAAAUGCUGGAAAUUUGUCUUUCGCCCUUACAUGGUCUGGAUGACGUUAGGUUACAUGUUCUUAUGUUUUCAAGACAUUCUCAAGAAAUUUUCACCAGAUUUCUGGUCAAUUUAGAUUAAAUACAAUAAUAAACAAACAAACAAACAAACAAACAAAUAAAUAGGUGUCUGAGAGCCUCUGUGUGUAACCGCAGCCCAGUGUGACCAGUAUGACAAGUCCCGAUGGUGUAUUCGAAGAUAUUUAUUAAUAUAUUGUAAACCUUGUAAACAUUUUUUUCCUUGUCAAGGAGACUUCAGUGUUUAUCUGAUUUAUCCCUACUAUCUGUCUUCAUGCUAAAAGAGCAGAACCGUGUCAUAGACGCAGAUCAUCUUUCAGUAAAAAAAAUGAAUUUAUUAAAAAACAAACCAGAAGUGCAUGUCACGGUGCUGUAAACUCUCCCAAAGUAUUUCUUAUUUCUUAGAAAAUUCUAGAAACGUUGUAAAAAUCCGACGGAGAGGAGAAUUAAUCAGUUUAAUAUUUCAAAAAAAAUUUAUUUUUUUUUGGACAAGGAUUACCUUUUUUUAUGAACUCUACAUGGGCAUUUGCACGAGGCAGCCUUUAGGAUCUGAUGAGAACUUUUAUAGAAGAAAGAUUCCUUGAUCAUCAGGAAACUUCUCAACCUCUUCAUCAUGACCUUCCCUGUGUAUGUUACCAGUGUACAUAAGGCUCUACAUGGAGGGUCUGCUGUAUUAAUAAAGUGACUCCGGUGUUAAGAAAACACGAAACACCUCGACUAAAUCAUGACCGGUUUAUCGUCACGCUCUGUACGUCUCUAUACCCCUAAUUCUGUGCUGUGUGAAGACAAAGAUUUCAAAAUGAUUCCUGUUUUAUUAUUGUGUAAUAACUGUAUAAUAUAUACAUGAUUUGGGGACAUAAGAAGGAAAAAUACGAUUAAAAAACCUGAUGAACCUGU